AGCUCCGUCCAGCCUGGCCCAAGGAUGGAGUCCCUCCCUGAAGCAGUCCUGAUCAGAAUCCUGGCGUCCAUACCUGCGGUGGAUUUGGUGCUGGUGUGCCGCCUGGUCUGCUGCCAGUGGAAGAACCUGGUCGAUGGAGCCGCACUUUGGAUCCUGAAGUGUCAGCAGGUUCGCACAGGAGCGGAGUCAGAGGAGAAUGCAGAGAACUGGCAAAACUUCUACUUCCUGAGUAAGAAAAGGAAGAAUCUUAUCAAGAACCCAUGUGGUGAAGAAGACUUGCAGCACUGGGGAGAGGUAGAGAAUGGAGGUGAUGGCUGGAAAAUUGAAGAGCUCCCUGGGGACUUUGGAAAAGAAUUCCCUAGUGAAGAAGUCCAUAAAUACUUUGUUACAUCUUAUGAGUGGUGUCGAAAGGCUCAGGUCAUCGACCUUAGGGCUGAGGGCUACUGGGAAGAGCUGAUGGAUACAACCCAGCCUAAAGUUGUAGUAAAAGACUGGUACGCAGGACGCAGUGAUGCUGGCUGCCUCUACGAGCUCUGUGUGAAGCUGCUCUCGGAGAACGAGGAUGUUCUGGCCGAGUACAAAAGCGAGACUAUUGCCAUCCCAGAGGACAAUGAUGCCAGCUGGACCGAGAUCUCCCACACCUUUUCCAACUAUGGGCCUGGGGUCCGCUUUGUCCGCUUUGAACACGGUGGCCAGGACACGCUAUUCUGGAAGGGAUGGUAUGGCGUACGUGUUACCAACAGCAGCGUGACAGUGGAGCCAUAGCCGUGCUGAACUGG